UACUAUUUGUUUUCGUUAGUUUCUUCCCUGUUGCUUCACACGCCAAAAUUCACACCUAGUAAAAAACCUAUCUUCACACACUCUCUCUCUCUCUCUCUCUCUCUCUCUCACACACACAAACGCACGCACACACUUUCUUCAUUUGGUAAAGCAAAAAUCUUCAGAUUUUCCUUUCAUUUUCCGGAAUGUUGCAGACUUCUUUGAUCGAUAUGGAGUGGAAUACAAAAUGGGAUUGGGAAAGCCUCGACAUUUCAAGUCCUAAAAAGCUACAAUCAACUGAUUGGGGAAUCAAAGAAAGAGAAGACAUUGAUGGGUAUUUUAGUCUUUCUGAUAUUGGGAACAAAUCAUCAGCUAAAAGCUCCAUAUCUGAAUCUUCAUUGAAGGAAGUAAUAAAAGGGUCAAAUCUGUCAUUUCCUGAGGCUUCAGUUUGCUCUUCUGAUCAAUCCAUUGGUUUAAAACUCGGUAAAAGAACAUACUUUGAGAACAACCUUCCAGGAAACAACACCAAAACAUCAUCUUCUUCAAAUGCCCCUGUGAAAAAAGUUAAAUUUUCUUCCCAAAAUACCCCUAUUCCACGAUGUCAAGUCGAAGGAUGCAAUCUUGAUCUUUCAUCUGCUAAAGAAUACCAUCGUAAACACAGGGUUUGUGAAAAUCAUUCAAAAUCAUUAAAAGUUGUUGUGAGUGGCCUUGAACGCCGAUUCUGCCAACAAUGUAGCCGAUUUCAUGGUUUAUCAGAGUUUGAUGGGAAAAAACGAAGCUGUCGUAGGCGACUUUCUGAUCACAAUACACGCAGGCGUAAGCCACAGCAGUCUAGAAAUCUUUCUUCAUCAUUUUAUGAAAGGGGAGAAGAAUUGAGUUUUGUGUUUAAUAAUCAAAAUAAACAUGGAGGGCAUAAUACUCAGUUUCCAAAUGAUGUCAGCAAUAGCAUGCCUACUCUUGCUUUCAAUAGGAUGAUGUCAUCCAAGGGAAUCUCAGCCGGCGUUUUUGAUCAAGGUUCCGAUGCAGGACAUGAUAUUCGCCGUGCUCUCUCUCUUCUGUCAAACGAUUCGUGGGAUUCAUGUGAGGUGGAUUUCGGUGCCCUUAACCAACCCAUGCAUAGGAAUGGUCACACCUUGGCUCAAUACGGGGUGCAUGUGGCUCACCAUGGUUUGCAAUUUUCUUCACCGGAGUACAGGUGGCAGGUUGACCACCAGUCAGUUGUUCCUCACACUCAUUUUGAAGAAUCUCAUCUUCUUAAAGCACCCUACAGUAGUAUUCAGUAUGGGAAUCCAAUGGAUGAAAUCUUGAAGCCCUUGUGAGUUGUCAAUAACUCAAGUUAUGUUGUUGUUUUGAUCAUGUUUUGUAUGUGGUCCAUAGUUUUGAGGUGUUGAGUUCAAAGUAAAU